AUGCCAGUCAUCAAAUACUGUAGAAGAAAGCAGAACCGAGAGAGAGAGAGAAAAAAAAAAAAGCACUGUAGACGAUCCUCAUGGAGGGGUUCUUCAGAUAGUAGAAUAUACAGGUGAAAGAAAGAAGGGAGGAAAUCAAGAUCCAAGUCAAAAUCUUGGUCCGGAGAUCUUCAGCCUCGUUCGCAUUCUUAUGAUAGAAGAUGCAGGCAUCAACCAAGGAGUAGCUCUCAUGGCUCUAGAAGGAAACUAACUCGAAGUCGUUCAAGGGAUCGAAAGAAAUCCUAUGGAGUUAAGAGGUCUAGGUCAAAAAGCAGAAUAAGAAGGGAAUCUGGAAACAUCAAAGCUGGAUUAAACCAUCUGCCACCGGCUGAAGAGGCCAAAGCCAGAAUACAGCUGGUUCUUGAAGCUGCUGCAAAAGCUGAUGAAGCAUUGAAAGCCAAAGAAAGAAAUGAGGAAGAAGCAAAGAGAAGAAAGGAGGAAGAUCAAGCCACCCUGGUAGAACAAGUGAAAAAAGUAAAAGAAAUGGAAGCUGUUGAAAGUGAUUCCUUUGUUCAGCAGACAUUCAGAUCAAAAGAAGUCAAAAAGUUAGUGGAAUCUAGUGAAGUGAAACAUGCAACUUCGACAUCAGGACCAACAUUAGCAGGUGUUGAUCCACCCAGUACUGAAAACGAAAUACAACUGAGCAGCAUCCCUACUUCUAUCAAAUACCAAGAUGACAAUUCCCUGGCCCAUCCAAAUUUAUUUAUAAAGAAAGCUGGUGCUUAGCAAAAAUGAUAGAGGCUAAUUGCUCUCUGACAAGAAAGACUAAUGGGCAGUCCUGUGGCCUAA